GAAAGCGCGAGACGAUAACGAACGCGAAGCAGAGAAACAGAAACGCGAACUCGCCAGAGCAGAAGCAGCCGCACGCAAGAAAGAACUGGCAGCCAAUAAGAAAAAGGCUUCCAAGGGCGCCAACGCCGAGGUGGGUGUAAUGGACGGUCUGCUUGCGUCAUUGAGGACUGGCGAGGCGUUCGAGCGACCUCCCGAUUCGAGCAGGAGAGGGCGCAGAGAAAAAGACAACGAAGGAAUGGAUGGUGUCAAGGGACGCCUGGCCAAACUCCAAGCACCCAUUGCGACCUAGGCCUCUCCCCCACCUAUGGCGUAUAAUCUGGUGAUUUUUUUUGGAUAUUUUUUGGAUGGAUUCACAGCCUACGUCUCCCUCCCCCCCCCUCCCCCUAAAAUGUUUCAGAAAUGGAUCGACCUUCCCUAAUUUAAUAUGUUUGCUGGGCAAUUUUCUGUCAUCAUUGCACCUGCCGGGGCCAUCUAAGGAUUGAAACUCCAUUGACCCUAAUAAAACCAC